CUUACUGUACAAUAUGUAAUCAAUAGUGAUCAACUUUCCCUUUUCACCCAGGUCAAUGGAGUCCUUGAGAACCUGCCCUUCUCCCACAGUGAUGCGAGUCUGCAUCAGAAUGGUCAUCUGGUAACCAUCCAGGCCCUUGGGUCAGUCCAGGUCAUCUCCAGUCUACACAAGCUGCUCCUGGUGCCCAACGGAACCCUGACCUCUGACCCCGAUGGGUUUUGUGUCGUCUGUUGACAUGGGUCAUGUGCAGGCCUGCGUCCCCCUGCAGUGAUGGGUUUGGGGCUAACUGCCCAAUCUGUCAGUGUCCCUGCAUGGCUGUGAGCUCUACUGUGGCCUACUCACACUGCCUGGUGGCCCCUUCACCCCCUGUCACUCUGUAGUCCAGCCACAGACCCACUACAUGGCUGAUCUGUGUGUGGCAGGGAACCAGACCCAGCAGCCGCUGUGUGAGCAGCUGCAGUCCUAUCAUGUGGAGUGUCAGGAGGCAGGGGUCAAGGUGGGCCCAUGGAGGAACCACACUGGCUGUGCUCAUUGCCCCCAGUUCAGCCACUACAGCCUGUGUGCCAGCACCUGUUCCUCUCUGUGCCCUGGAGCGGCGGGGUCUGUGCCGUGCCCAGAUGGCUGUGAGGAGGGGUGCCAACGUGACCAAUGGUCAGGCCUGCGUACCAGCAGGGCAGUGUGGCUGCUGUCAGGACGGGAGGAGGUUUUAGUUGAGCAGUGGCUCUCCCUGAUGGAGACAUCCUUGAGUCCCGCUCAACAUCCACUCGAGGGCUCCAAAAUGGACUGUACAGCUCACCUGGACAGCCCGCCAGGGGGAGCCCUCGAGUGGAUGUUGAGCCUGAUGCGGGACUUCUGCAUCUAG